AGCUUUUCGAGCUCUGACAUACGAUAAACUGCAGCAAACAGUUCAUUCACGCAGUUCAAAAGGAAAUAGGAAUAGAUACGCACACACACACACACACUCAGGAGAUUUCGUUGAUUGCAGCGAACGACUGAACAGCAAGGCUGCUUGUACACCCAAAACACUCGUUGCGUGUUGGUUUUUAAAAGCACAUCUCUCUCCUUUUUCCGCCUGGCUCCAGACUCUAAUAACUGUGGCUUUUCUUUUGUUGCUUUUGGUGGUGGAGUAUGUCCUCUUCCGACAUGCGCGCGGCUAAGGCACAGCCCUUAGCUCCAACCGCCUCGGACCUGCAUCAGCUGCGAUUUGAGAACUCGAUGCUGCAAAACGAAAAGCAAUUCCUCACACAGGCCGUUGCCGCCGAACCGUCGACGUCAGCGCGCGCUAACACAGCUCGCCACAGCGCGGACUCGAUCGAAGUGCGACUUCUACGAGCGUACUUGAGAGCUUGCGAGGUGAACAACAGCGAGGCGCGCGCGAUUGUGGAGGCACAGAUGCGGGCACUCGUGGGAAAGACACAACGCAAGGUGGACGCGUUGCGCGAGUUGCUCCAGACCGUGCAGAAAGAUGUGGAGGAGGUGCUGGAGGCGAGCGGUGGUUGGGAGUUCACGCAGGACGUUCAAAAAGUUACGUAUCGACAGUAG